GAUCUGACGCGUAAGCGGGCGUAGCUACCCAUUGUAUCGAAGUUAACUCAGGAGACCUGCGAAAAGGCAAGUGUCUCCUAAUAUUUGAAAGUUACAUCUUACGACUGAGUGUUGGUUAUAUGACCGAUCCAAGAAGCUCUCCUACCUCGAAACUUCCAAUUAACUCUCUCACAUCGCCAUCAACACUAGUACAUUUACAAUAUCACAUCCAGUUUCUCUUCUUUCCCCAAGAUGACUGUGGCUGGUUCGAAAAAGAGGGAUGGUGCUGCUGCACCCUACGCACCGACGGCAAACCUAGAUACGGUGGUUUUCUCCAAAGUGUUAGACCGCGAUCCGGCGACCAUUGACAAGAUCAUCUCUGCCUGCGAGAAUGUUGGAUUUUUUUACUUGGACAUUUCGGACCAGUAUUCGGCCACAAUGCUAGAGAAUCUUGACAAGUUGAACAUUGUCAUGAAAGACUGGUUUGACCAGCCAGCCGCCGCAAAGCGCAAAGAGCUUGCCAUCAGCAUGGCAUCCCAUGGAUACAAGCCAAUUGGAUCCCAGGCUGGAACGCAUGGGGGUCGUGAUGGCUGGGAAGUUCUCAAGACCGGUAGCUUUGAGUUGGCCGGGCGGUGGGGUUUACCCCCAGUGGUCGAGAGUAAUCUCCAGGCGUUCACCUCAUUCCAGAGCCAGUGUCACUACAUCACGCGAGUGCUUCUUGACCGCAUCUCCAACGCUUUGGGCCUAAAGGGGGCACAGAGCCUCAACCACUUCCAUCGUAGCGACUGUCCGUCUAAGAGCGCGCUUGCGUUCUUGCACUACAUCCCUAUGGAUCCGACAGGAGGUUAUGCCGGACACAACGUCCACACCGACUAUGGCACACUAACGCUUGUCUUCGCGCCUCAGUGGGGGUUGCAAGUUCUUUCACCUCCUGAAGCGUCCUCACCGUCGUCGGCCUCCUCCUCAGUGUCUCACGACUCAGAUGAAAGUCUCGAUAGUGGCUACCACAGAGGACACAAUGAGAGCACCGACGAUGCGAAUCUCAAGAAAGAGAAGGUGGAAGCAAACUUAGAGUGGCAGUAUGUCGAGCCGCGUCCCGGUUGCGCCGUUGUCAACGUGGCUGACGUGCUACGAUUCUUGACGCGCGAUAGACUGAAGUCGGCGGUACACCGGGUGCUUCCGCUGCCUGAUGUAGAUCGCUAUUCUGUCACAUACUUCCUGCGACCUAGUGAUGACGUUGAGUUCAUCGAUGGAGAAGGUCGGUUGACAAAUGUCAUGGAUUGGUACGACCGUAAGAACAACAUGUAUGAGGCUUCUUUCGGAGCUCAGGAUCGGUCCCUGCUCAUCGGAGGGUUGUACAAAGAGGUCUAAUGUGGCCAUUCGAGCAUGAAUUUCAUCUGAGACGCACAGCCUUCCGACUGUUCAUGUGUCAAAUCCAUAGUGUCAAAGUAGUGCUUCUUUCGUAUCCCCGGUUCGCACUCUGCCCGGUGAAACAAUCUAAUUUCUAGUUGUUAAAUAUUUCUCGCCCGAUGAACGCUUUGUAAGGUGAC